AUGGAAGACAACGGCAAAGCUCCAAUGCCCGUAAUCGGCACCAACGGUGCCGGCGUACGCCGCGCUGUUGACGAGCCCAUCGUAAAGGUCCAGCCUCCACGACGUGAGGACUUGCAGCCUAGCUACGCAAGAGUCAUUGAGCCAGAUGAUGCUGAUGCCGAUAACCACGGCUGGUAUGGUGGAAUGGUCAACGCUCUUGGUGGCAUUGUUGGUACCCUUGGCGCCAUCCCAUGCUGCUUCUGCUGCCCCAACCCUUACCAGCCCGUAAGCCAAGGAAACGUCGGUCUGGUCACCAAGUUCGGUCGAUUUGCCCGCGCAGUCGAUCCAGGUCUUGUCUACAUCAAUCCUCUGUCCGAGAAGCUUCUCCAGGUCGAUGUCAAGAUCCAGAUUGUCGAGGUCCCCAAGCAGGUCUGCAUGACCAAGGACAACGUCUCUUUGCAGCUUACCUCGGUCAUCUACUACCGCAUCACCUCACCUCACAAGGCCGCCUUCAGUAUCUCCAACAUCCGCCAAGCACUCAUCGAGCGCACACAGACUACGCUCCGCCACGUCGUCGGUGCGCGCGUGCUUCAGGAUGUCAUCGAGCGCCGUGAGGAGAUUGCACAGUCGAUCCGCGAAAUUAUCGAAGAGACAACUGCAGGCUGGGGUGUUGAGGUCGAGUCCAUGCUCAUCAAGGAUCUGAUCUUCAACCAAGACCUCCAAGAUUCGCUCUCCAUGGCCGCCCAGUCGAAGAGGACCGGCGAAGCCAAAGUCAUUGCCGCCCGCGCUGAGGUCGAGGCCGCGAAGCUCAUGAGGUUAGCAGCUGAUGUCCUUUCGUCAGCACCGGCAAUGCAGAUACGUUACCUCGAAACGAUGCAGUCGAUGGCAAAAUCUGCAAAUUCGAAAGUGAUUUUUAUGCCUGGCCCAGCCAGUGUAGGCGAUCUAGCCACUGCAAUGGAUGCGGCGGGGCCAUCUGGCCAGCAGACCGAUCCAAUUCAGCACACAGUCAACGCGCGUGUCUUGGAGGAGAUGUAG